GGAGGCGGGUUCCCCCAGUUUUCAUAGAGGCGCUUUUCUUUUCCACGCGGGGUCGGCUGCGAAGGCCAUGGCGGAGGAACAGCCGCCUCCAGCACUGGACGUGGGGGAGAAAGUUGAAGCAGACCUGCCUGCUGCGAUUCACUUAUUGAAAUCCCUCCAAGAACAGGUGGUUGCAGUGACCCAUCAUGUCCAGAGCCUGGCUCAGAAAGUGAGGGCAGGGACCUACCCCACUGAGAAGGGUCUCAGUUUCCUGGAAGUGAAGGACCAGAUGCUCCUCCUUUACCUCCAAGAUCUCUCUCAUCUGAUCCUGGAGAAAACAUCUGGGCGCUCCAUUGCUGGCCACCCUGCCUUGCUGCGUUUGGUGGAGACCCGAACGGUUUUAGAGAAGAUGCGGCCCAUUGACCAGAAACUGAAGUACCAGGUUGAUAAGCUGGUGAAGGCGGCUGUUACUGGGGCCCUGGGUGAAAAUGACCCACUGAGGUUCAAGCCAAAUCCCAGCAAUCUGAUGAGCAAGCUUAGUGAGUCAGAGGAGGAAGAAAGUGGAGAAGCUGCCACUGAUGCAAAGAGUUCUGGGAAAGAUACAUCUAAAGGAGGGAGCAGGAAAUACGUCCCACCCCGCCUGGUGCCUGUGCAUUAUGAUGAAACUGAGGCAGAGAAGGAGAAGAAGAUGCUGGAGCAAGCCAAGAAGCGAGCCCUCAGCAGCUCCAUCAUCCGGGAACUGAAAGAACAGUACUCGGAUGCUCCCGAGGAAAUCCGGGAGGGGCGCUACACCCAUGCCACCAGGCAGAGCCGGGAGGAUGAGCACAGGACCAGCUAUGAGGAGAACAUGAUGGUGCGUCUCAACGUCACUCGGAAGGAGAAGGCCCGCCAGAGGCGUGCUGCAACCAUGGCGUCCCACCUCAACUCCCUUACCCACUUUGGGGACAUCAGCGCAUUGACCGGGGCAGCGCCCCCACUGGAUGAGGAUUUGAGCCCCCAAAAGAAGAGAAGGAAGAAGAUCGGCACGAAAAGCGGCAGGAAGAAAAAGGGUUUCCACAGGAGGCGAUAGCCUUUUCCCUCUCCUCCCUCCCCUUUCCAGAGCUCUGGACUGAUCCCAACCAACUCCCAAUAUCUUGGACUGACACACAAACACGGCCAUGUACGGGGAGGAAAGGGGUGUGCGUAUGCAGAAGAGACUCGUUCACAAUAAACCUGAAGUGUUGGC